AGGGCUUUUCUCAGCUCCUCUGCUCUGCGCUGAGCACAGUGAGGAACUUCAGCAGUUCCUCAUACGUUUUCUUCUCUAGACCUUUUGCUAUCUUUGUAGCCCUCCUCUGGAUGUUCUCUAACAGAUGUGGACACAAUGUAAGAAAGACACAAAACUGCAUGCAGUGCUAUAGGUGAGGCUGCACGGUGCAGAGCAGAGGGGGCAGCUCAUCCCCUCGCCUGGUGGCAGCACUGGGCCUGCUGCACCCCAGGUUGGCCCUUUGGGCUGCCAGGACACAUUGCUGGCUCACAUUCAACUUGUCAUCAGUCAGAACCUCCAGAUCCCUUUCCAUGGAGCUGCUCUUCAACCUCUUGUGUCCCAGUCUACAUAUAACCAGGAUUGCCUUGUCCCAAGUGCAGAAUUUGGCACUUGCUUUUCUUAAACUUCUUGUGGCUGGUGCUUGCUCUGACCUCUCUACCCUCGAGCGAAUCAACAGUUCUUUCCAAUUUAGUGUCAUCAGCAAACUCACUUGUGUUCCUUUCAGUCCUGCAACCAAGCCAUUUACGGAAACUUUAAAGAGAACUGCACCUAAAAGAGAGCUCUGAGAAACCCCACUAGUGAUUGGUUUCCGGAUAGAUUUAACUCCCUGAAUAUUGUUGAAUGUCAUAGAGUUGGACUUGGCCCAUUGACUUAGUCUAACCAGAUUCCUCUGGAAACCCUUCCUACUCUCAAGCAGAUCCGCAUGCCUGCCUAGCUUGGUAUCAUCAGCAAACUUAGUGAGGGUGCACUUGAUCCCCUCUUCCAGAUCAUUAAUAAAAGUGUUAAAUAAAACUAGCUCCAAGACUGAUCCCUGGAGAAUAUCACUGCUGAUCAGCCACCAACUGGACUGACUUCUGUUUGCCCUUUAAGCCCGCCCAUCCAGUCAUUUCACCUAGCUAACUGUACACCUGUCCAAGGCAUGAGUAGCCGGUUUCACCAGGAGAAUAGUUUGGGAGAUAGUGUCAUACACUUUAGGAUUAUUAGAAUUCAGAUUGACAACAUCCACGGCCUUUCAUAAAGCUAUGCUGGCUACAUCUGAUCUUUCAGUUGUUCCAUGUCUGCUGUUUGACAGCUUUCAAGAGGAUCUGCUCCAUAACCCUUCCCAGUACCAAGAUGAUUACAGGCAGACCCGUAACUUUCCUGCCUUCCUUUUAGACUGGAUUCCCAUUCACUGGCUUCCAGUCAACUGGGACCUCCCCAGUUAGCCAGGACUGCCAACAGAUUAUUGAGAAUGGCUUGGAACUGUAUUUCAAGAAUCUUUCAAAACAGAAACAAAAAGAAGACAUGGAGAAGAAUGGAAACAACCACAAACUUCGUGUUUGUGUUGCUACUUGCAACCGUGCUGAUUAUUCAAAAUUAGCUCCUAUUAUGUUUGGUAUUAAGGCAGAACCACAGUUCUUUGAGCUUGAUGUCGUAGUGCUUGGUUCCCACUUGAUUGAUGAUUAUGGUAACACUUAUCGCAUGAUUGAACAAGAUGACUUCGAUAUUCAUACAAGAUUGCACACUAUUGUGAGAGGGGAGGAUGAGGCAGCCAUGGUGGAAUCAGUAGGCCUCGCAUUAGUGAAGUUACCAGAUGUCCUGAACCGCCUGAAACCUGACAUAAUGAUAGUUCAUGGUGACAGAUUUGAUGCUUUGGCACUAGCCACAUCUGCAGCCCUGAUGAAUAUUCGCAUUCUUCACAUUGAAGGCGGGGAAGUCAGUGGGACCAUUGACGACUCUAUCAGACAUGCUAUAACCAAACUGGCCCAUUACCAUGUGUGCUGCACAAGGAGUGCAGAGCAACAUUUGAUAGCCAUGUGUGAAGACCAUGAUCGCAUCCUUUUAGCAGGCUGUCCUUCGUAUGACAAGCUUCUCUCUGCCAAAAAUAAGGACUACAUGAGUGUUAUACGUGUAUGGCUAGGUGAAGAUGUUAAACCCAGAGAUUAUAUAGUUGCUCUGCAACAUCCUGUAACCACAGAUAUUAAACAUUCCAUAAAGAUGUUUGAACUGACACUAGAUGCGCUCAUUUCCUUUAACAAGAGAACACUUGUUCUAUUCCCCAAUGUAGAUGCAGGAAGCAAAGAGAUGGUUCGGGUGAUGAGGAAGAAGGGCAUUGAACAUCAUCCCAAUUUUCGGGCAGUGAAGCAUGUCCCAUUUGACCAGUUCAUUCAGCUAGUUGCCCAUGCUGGUUGUAUGAUUGGUAACAGCAGUUGUGGUGUCAGAGAAGUGGGAGCAUUUGGUACACCUGUUAUCAACUUGGGGACACGUCAGACAGGAAGAGAAACAGGUGAAAAUGUUCUUCAUGUUCGCGAUGCUGACACACAGGAUAAAAUUCUGCAUGCGCUACAGCUCCAGUUUGGUAAGCAGUAUCCAUGCUCAAAAAUAUAUGGUGAUGGUAAUGCUGUUCCAAGGAUUUUGAAGUUCCUUAAAUCUAUUGACCUCAAAGAGCCAUUGCAAAAGAAAUUCUGUUUUCCUCCUGUCAAAGAUAAUAUCUCUCAAGAUAUAGACCACAUUCUAGAGACACAGAGUGCUUUGGCUGUGGACUUAGGUGGAACAAAUCUCCGAGUAGCAAUUGUCAGUAUGAAGGGUGAAAUAGUUAAGAAGUAUACCCAGCUCAACCCUAAAACUUAUGAAGACAGACUAGAUUUAAUUCUAAAGAUGUGUGUAGAAGCUGCAUCGGAGGCAGUAAAUCUGAACUGCAGAAUUUUGGGAGUAGGUAUUUCCACAGGUGGACGGGUAAACCCUCGAGAAGGAAUUGUACUUCACUCCACAAAACUCAUUCAGGAGUGGAGCUCUGUAGAUCUCAGAACCCCAAUAUCUGAUGCUCUGCACUUGCCAGUCUGGGUGGAUAAUGAUGGAAAUUGUGCUGCUCUAGCAGAAAGAAAAUUUGGUCAUGGAAAAGGAAUAGAAAAUUUUGUAACACUCAUCACUGGUACAGGAAUUGGAGGUGGAAUCAUACAUCAACAUGAAUUGAUCCAUGGCAGUUCUUUCUGUGCUGCUGAGCUUGGGCAUAUUGUAGUAUCUUUAGAUGGACCAGAGUGCCUUUGUGGUAGCCAAGGAUGUAUAGAAGCAUAUGCCUCUGGAAUAGCAUUACAGAGAGAAGCUAAGAAACUGCAUGAUGAGGAUCUGCUUUUAGUAGAAGGAAUGUCAAUGAAGAAUGAAGAGGUUGUUAGUGCUGCACAUCUCAUUCAAGCAGCUAAACUUGGAAACACAAAGGCAGAAAGCAUUCUCAGAACAGCUGGUACAGCAUUAGGACUUGGAGUUGUGAACAUUCUGCACACCAUGAACCCCUCUCUUGUGAUCCUUUCUGGAGUCCUAGCCAGCCACUAUAUUAAUGCUGUCAAAGAUGUGAUACAUCGACAGGCUCUGUCAUCUGUUAAAACUGUGGAUGUGGUGGUCUCAAAUCUAGCAGACCCUGCUCUUCUUGGAGCUGCUAGCCUGGUACUGGAUUAUACUACCCGUAGAAUAUACUAGGUGCUUGGAAGAAUUGAACUAUUGAACAGAAAUGAACUAUUCAUGUUCCUUAUGGGUGGAGGGAAUACUUUGCCCAAAAUCUUUCUUUGACCAGAGCAGCUACAGCAGAAUCAGAGUAAUGAUGUUCUAAAUAGUUAGUGACUACUUCAACAUUUCCUAAUUGAGGUAUUACCUUUUUGUAUUUUUUCUAAAUUUCAUCAAAAUUGAUAGGAACUAUUGUGCAAUUCUGUUGAUUUUAAUCACCUCAAAGCCCAGAUGUUGCUUUAAGUGUAGCUGAAUUAUUUAUGAGCGUAUCUUGAUGUACGGUAGGAAAUAUGUGUAUUGUGUCAAAUUAUAGCUAAUACUUGGGGAUCCAGUUCUCAUUUUUCACCUUUGUGAAAUGAGAAGUCUACAAUGUGACCAGCUUUUCGAUUUACAGUUUCCACCCACAAAGUAAAUAUGAUACAAUCAACAACAGCAGGUGUUAGUUUCUGUAAGUGGAAACAACCGAAGGUGCCUCCGCAAACAAAGAAGCUCUAUUUAGAAGUGGUUUGUGAAGGACUAGGGGGAUACAGUUAUUUAUUACAUCGCCUUUAGAGGGCAGAGUCCCAUUUUAGAAGCUUUGCAUAUGAAGGAGAAAGACAGUUGUCUUGUGACCUUGCAGGCUGCAAGAGCACUUCAAACAAACUGACAAGCGUAGCAGUGUUCACCUUUGUGUUCUAGCUACAGCCCACAGUAAAUCUUUUUAUUGUUGAGGUUAAAUUUCAUUUUAAUGGGUAUUCUCAAAGGACUUAGUCUACCACUUUGCCUCCCAAAUUAGUGGAGGGGACUUUAUUCUUCAGAGGCCAGUUAUCUGACAGCCAACAAUGUGGUACAUAUGAGCACAAAGACUGCCUUCUGAGAAAUCUCAUUCACUGCAGAGUGACAUAGUGCAUCUCCUCAGCAGUGCUGGGGCUGCAGGUGAAGUGUCAGUGAUGUCCUGCAUUGACCAUCAACUCACAGGAUGGAAAGUUAAAUCUGAGCCUCAUCCUCACUUUGAAGACAUUCGUUGGCCUUGGAGCAACUAACCUUAAAGGCUUGCCUUGUUAAAACACAGUUUAUAUGACACUCUGGAAGUUUCCACAGGAAACAUUAUGAGAGAGAGAGAGAGCUUUUCUGUGACCUGUGUAGAGGCCAAAAAUCACACGGUGUGGUGUGUACAUUUAAGAAAGGGCAGGUUUCUGAUAAGUAGUUCUGCCUCUAUUGAUCUGCUUUUUAGUGCGCUUUGAAGAUACUGUAGUACUGACAGUUACUUGACACAAGAAGAAACUGAAAAACGGGACAAUAUAAGUGGUCAGCUAUCCCAGAAAGAAGACAGCUGCCAGAGAAACAAUCUUGUAUCCUGGCAUUUAAUGAAUCAUCUGCUCCAUAGUAAGGAUAUACUGACUCUUCACCUUUGCUAAGUUGCAUCAGGCUUUAUGUGUUCCUUUUCAUUUAGCGUCUGGAUUUAGUUGAUGAGUCCCAGUAACUUCAAUACCAGAGCAGUAGCUCCAUGAGCAGGUCAAGAAGUCUGUUUUGAAUCUACACUGACAGCAGCUCAGGGUGGGGCUAUUAGUAUUGAGGCUCUAACAGAGAGAAUAUCUAUUGUUUGACCUUUCCAUCCCCCCAGCAUCACGAGGAAUGUCUGAUAAAAAGUGGGACCAGGUUUUGCUUUCCAGACUUUCCAAUGCUGUUUCCUUUUUGACAUCUCAGAUAAAAUUUUUCCUUAGCAGCUGAAGGGAGAUGGCAGGCAGUGACAAAAUAUGAAAGAUAUUUAAACAUUUCAAAACAUUUGAUAAAAUAAAUAAAAAGCCUAUUCUCUUUAAGAAAACAGUUAUUAAAAUGUUUUUGAAGUUGUUUUUUUCUGGCAACUGGACAAAAACCAGCUGCAAGGGGGCAAGUGGUGCAGAAGAAGUCCUUGGUUUUCCUGAGACAGUUGUCAGUUUAUAAAAUUAAAAAGAUGUUCAUAUUUAAAAGUGUA